AUGCGACGGCAUCCCCUGCGAUCUCCUAAUACGCCUCGGAAAAAUUCCAAUCAAACAAGCGGAGCGACGCAGACACCCAAAAGAGGGCCCUGUGGUGGCAAGGGAGGGCGUAUGGCCAAGGUGGCAGGAGAAGAACAUUCCGAGUCGAGCUCCAUCGAGUGGACAACUGAAUUGGAAUCGUCGCUGUCAUCCUCCUCCUCGGCGUGCGACUCCUACUAUGUUCGGGAGGUUUGGGCGAAUGACGUUGAAUAUGAGUUGCGAGUGAUGGAGAAGUUGGUGGAAGAGUACCCCUAUAUAGCAGUAGAUGGAUGCUUCCCGGGGGUGGUGGCAAGGCCCACUGGUCCGUUCAAAAAUGAUACGGAGAGAAAUUAUGAGAUUAUCAGAACUAAUAUGAGCCUCGUAAAAAUACUACAACUAAGUCUGGCAUUUUCUAAUAAGGACGGUGAAGUGGCUGGGCAUCCUGAAGACGUUCGAACGGCGAAUGGAAGUGACCGGCCUCCCCCAGCUUGUGUGUGGAAAAUCAAUUUUCACUUCGACGUUCGGAAGGAUAUUUAUUGCGCCGAGACGUUGAAGCUGCUGAGGGAACCUACAAAGAAGGGAGGUGCGGGCAUUGACUUGAAGGCGCAUCUGAAGCGGGGCGUGAGCGUGGAGAGAUUCUCGGAGCUGAUCACGGGAAGUGGCCUGGUGCUGUCGCGUGAUGUAACGUGGAUAACUGCGGCUGGUGGUUUCCUAUUCGCCGGAUUGGUGAAAAUGCUGUCCGGCCAGGCCCUACCGAAGGCUGAAGUGGAGUUCUCGGAGAUGUGUUAUGAGUACUUCCCUCACAUCUGGGAUAUGAGGGUCUCGUGGAGGAGGGGUUCUGCACGCAUGCGCAUCAUCGGAGAAGGCAAAUUUGGAGGUUGA